CCGACUCGCCCCGCGCCCGGCGCGUGCGGCGCAGUGCGCCCGGCCGGCGGCCGCGUGUCCCCCCUCCGGUUGGUUUUGUUUGGGACAGUUUAAUGUGAAGCUAACCUAGCUUGUCGUUGGCAGUUAACUAACCCUGCCCGUGGACAUAACCGCAGACAGACCAUACUCCGUCUGCUCCCGUCAGCCUUUACGUGCUGGGCCCCUCUUGUUUCAGAUGGACUGACGUCAGAAAGCACAGAUGCAUUAUGGGGGUCCAAGUGGUCCAGCUCACCUCCAAGUCGCACCACGACAACGUCCUGGCCUCCCUGCACCAGCUGAGGCUGCGGGGCCACUUGUGUGACGCCACGGUGCAGGUGGACUACCAGGGGGACGUGCAGGAGUUCCAGGCCCACCGCGCGGUGCUCGCGGCGUCCGGGGGCUACUUCAGGACGAUCCUCCUCUCCGAGGAUGCCGCGGCCCCAGACAAAUUGGCACUCUCGAACAUGGCCCCCGGCGACUUCUCCAAGUUUUUGGAGUUUGCGUACACGGGCAAAGUCGAGGUCGCCAGGGAUAAAAUCGGCGACAUCCAAGCGGUGGCACAAUUGUUGGACUGUAGGGAUCUGUCCGAGGUGUGUGGCGACGCGGUCAGUGCUGGGAUUUUACAAAAGCCUAAAAAGAAAACACCCGCGUCAAAAGUUGUAGAUCAAAAUGGCCUACAGGGUGACGAGAAAGAGAAAAGGGCCGUAGGGAAGAAGCAGCAGCCUGAGAGCUCCCGUCUUAAGCGUCAGGUCCCUGCACAGAGCUCUGAGAAAGAGGUCGUUUGUAAAAGACCCAAGGCAAAGAACACGGUGAACAAUGAAAAUAGGAAAGAGAGACAGGUCAAACAGAGGAAGGUCGGCCGUAAAAUCCUUCGGAGGCGCGUAAACGCCAAAAAAGAGGCUUCGCACAACGAAGACCAAGUCACCAAUGAAGACCCAGAGGAGCCGGAGGACAGGGCGGAGGUCGAGGCCCAGCCAGAGAGCCAAGCAAAGAAGGGCUAUGAGUCGUCAUCGGAAAUGCCAGCCUCCGAUGUGGACAACUGGGAGUGUGAGGACGACGAGCUGAGCAAUGAUCCCGAAGACCACUUGUUGUCUCUGGAGGAGGCGGAGGAGGACAAGGAGGAGGGCGAGUCCACGGAGACGUCCAAAAGAAUGUCCAAAGCCCAGUUCCAGUGUAACAAGUGCCAGCGGACCUUCCACUAUGAGAGAAGCUACUUGAAGCACAUCAGUACAUACCAUGGGGUGAAAGCGGACGUGGUCCAUCGCUGUGAGACCUGCCAGCAGACCUUCGCUAACCGCAGCAACUUGAAGAUCCACGAAAAGCACGUCCACAGCAACGAGAGGCUUUUCACCUGCGAUUCCUGCUCAAAGACGUUCAAGCGAAAGAAGGAUGUCGUCCGCCAUCAGAGACAGGUUCACGAACGUAACAACCUGCGUCACAUCUGCCCUGACUGUGGAAAGGCCCUCAGCUCCAAGACCGCCCUGUUGCUGCACGAGCGGAUACACACGGGCACAAAGCCUUACGAGUGCUCCGACUGCGGGGCCAGGUUCAUACAGAACGCUGCGCUCAAGAUGCACCGCAGGACUCACACAGGAGAGAGGCCCUUUGCAUGUGACGAGUGUGAGGCCCGAUUCACUCAGAAGCACAUGUUGGCUUAUCAUAAGAGAUCACACUCGGGAGAGAAGCCUUUCAUGUGUGAGGCGUGUGGGAAAAGCUUUGCAUCUAAAGAAUACCUCAGGCACCACUCCAACAUCCACACUGGGUCCAGGCCACACAAGUGUGAACAGUGUGGCCGCGGCUUUGCCCAGAGAAAUUCCCUUCAACAGCAUUUAAAAACGCAUACAGGUGAGCGUCCGUACAGCUGCAAGGACUGUGAAAAGCAGUUCACUCAGAUCAACGCGCUGCAGAGGCACCAGCGUAUUCACACAGGAGAGAAACCCUACAUGUGUGGCCUCUGCAGCCGCACCUUUACUGACAAGUCCACCCUUCGCAGGCACACCAUGAUUCAUGACACUGAUGCUCCCUGGAAGACCUACCUGGUGGUCCUGGAAGGAAAUGUGGAGGACAAGAAACCCAAAACUCCAACCAAGGGAAAGACAGACAAAGCAGGAGCAGGGGAGAAAAAGAAUUCAGCGAGAAAAAGUGGUGGUGGGGCUGCGGCCGGUUCUUCUGGUGCCGCUGCUGCUGCCCCUGAUGCCGAUGGUUCUGCAGGUGCUGUUGGUAAAACAAACACCGACUCCAUCGUGGUUCCUGCCGGGCCAGUCACUCUCCCAUCUGAAUGGACCAGUCACGGAACCAUCGCUCUGGUCAGUCACGGCGCCCUCGGCGGGAUAACGGUCAUCCACACUGAAAUGCCACCCGGGACGCAAAUCCAGCCCAUUAUGACCACUGACGGCACAGGGGCCAACGUCAUCUCCUUAGACGGCUCAGCCAUCCCCGUCCCCUUCUCCAUACCUGUGUCUAUGGCUCAUCCUGUCACCUUGUCGUCCCCCACCUCUCUGUCUGUGCCGUCGGUUCUCUCUGUUCCCGUUUCGGUUUCUGAGAUCCAGAGUGUUUCAACAUCAUCCGUCCUUGAAGCGGCUGCUUCGCAGACCAUUUUGGCUCCGGUUCCAGAGGAUCCCGAGAUCCCUUCUGAGAUGGAUGUGUUAGAGCCCAAUAUUCAGACUGUGGUUGUUGAUGACAAGGUCUGUGAGAAAGAACAAACCGCAGCUGUCCAUGGCGACGGACAACAGAACUCUUUAGGUGGACUCCAAAAGGCCUCUGAGCAAGAUGGAGCUGUGUAGAAAAUUCAUGUAAAUAUAAAGAUCGUUAUCUGAGCUCACAUUUCAGCGCUUCACGUGUUAUAUUAUGUAUAUACUUUGGAGUUAGUAGUGUCUGAAUGUGUGUUCUGACACAACAAUCACUUGGAUGUGACCUUCAGUGUUAUCCGCACCCUGUUUGAAAUGUCACAGUAUUCAUUUAGAAUUGUAAGAACCUGCUAAGCUUUAACCCCGUGAAAUGUAACUAAUGUAUAAUCAAGGUAUUAAGUAUAAUUAACAAAUGGAAUAAUAUUGUACAUGUCCCACACUGUACUGUAUGAAAUGUUGCAUAAAUUAUGUUGAAGAGAA